AUGCCUCUUUUCUUGAGCCUUAGUUUCACUAAGUUUCACUUAGUGAAGGCCUCUCAACAGCCAGACAAGGCCCCAUGGGCUCCUCCCAGUGCCACUGGGCUCAGUGAGAAGUCAAAGGUCAAAGGCAGAAGGAAGAGCCAAGGUGGUGAGGCCCCCAGGAAGACAAAAGCUGGGAGUCAGAGUGUAAAAUCCACGGUCCCUAAGGGCAAGAAUGGUGCUGCUUCUCCAGCCAAAAAGAAGGAAAACCACAUCCCUAAAGAGGUCAUUGCCCAUGUGGCCAAGGAGGGGCCCAAAGCCAAGGCCUCUGCUCGUCCCAGGGGUGGCGGGUCUAAGAUGGUACCUGAACCCCUGGCCAGGAAGAUAGAGGCCCCCAAGGGCCCGAGGAGGCCGGGCGUGCCCACCAAGGCCUCAUCAUCCAAACUGGCCAGUAGGAAGGUGGAGGCUGAAAGCUAGAGCUGGGGUGGAGACACGGA